AUGCGUUUUGGUGGAAAGUCUUCUUCGCGCCGCAACUUGUCCUCAUCACCUGUCACUGUUCAUAUCACCUCACAAGAGAUCGCGGCAAGGAAGUUGGGCUGGCACAACCUUGAGAUGGCAACUCGUGCAUUGCACCGUGACGGUCUCGUCGUACUGCAAGAUGUAAUUGAGCACUCAAAGCUCGACGCUCUCAACAGUACCAUGAUCAGAGAUGCGUACAAGCUUCAAGCUCUUGGUGAUGAUGGACCGUUCAAUUACAACAAAGGCAACAUCCAGCAAGAUCCUCCAAUGACUCGAGCUCAUUGUUACCCUUCUAUCUUUCUCAAUCCUCUCGCCACUCAGGUCACCACUUCCGUGCUCGGUCCAAAGCCUCGCUUGACAUUCGUGUCUGGCAACAGUGCACUUCCGCCUAUGAAUGGAAUCGAGCCGCAGUCACAGCCGGUCCACACUGAUGCGGACUUCGAUCAUCCUGAAUCUCCCUUUGCUGUGGUCGUCAACGUUCCUCUGAUUGACAUGGACGUUGAGAAUGGCAGUACAGAAGUAUGGCUAGGCACUCAUAACACCACGUCUCUAGCGGCACACGAAGGCAAACAAGGCGAUAGAGCCAGCGAUCGGAUUGCCAAACAUUUGCUCGAGCAACGCAGACAAGAGCGAGCACCAUGCCAACCGUACGUAAAGAAAGGCUCGAUUGUGAUUCGCGACCUGAGACUUUGGCAUGCCGGAAAGCCGAACUUCAGCAACGAUGUAAGGGUCAUGCUUGCCAUGAUCCAUUUCGCCCCUUGGUAUCGUAAUGCGAUGACCGUCGAAUUUUCUGAAGAUCUAACACCUCUGUUGGAUCACGAAGGAGCUGAUCUACAGAUUCAGCGAACCCUCGUGUCCGAACAAACGAUCUUGGAUGGGUAUCUUAGUCGCGGAUAUGGCAACUCAUAUGACUUUAACCAGAAAUCACGCCUCGAGGAUUUCUGA